AUGCCGCCUGGUAAUCGCAUUUUCACUAUUACUUUUUUCACUUCCUCUGUUGUCGUCUUUCACUACUACUACUACUACUACUACUACUACUACUACUACUACUACUACUACUACUACUACUACUACUACUACUACUACUUCUACUACUACUACUACUACUACUACUACUACUACUACUACUACUACUACUACUACCACUACUUGUACUACUACUACUACUACUACUACUACUACUACCACCACCACUACUACUACUACUACUUCUACUAA